AUGGCUUCCACACUUAAGGUCCUAGAGCAAUGUCAGGUCUCUCCACCAAAAGAUUCAGUUCCCACAACCUCUCUUCCCCUCACAUUUUUGGACAUACCUUGGCUUGUCUUGCUACAACCUGUUCAACGCCUCUACUUCUAUGAAUUCCCUCACCCAUCUCACCAUUUCACACAAACCCUCCUUCCAUCACUCAAACACACUCUCUCCCUCACUCUCCAGAACUUCUUCCCGCUCUCUGGAAACGUCACUUGUCCCCCUCCUCCCUCCAUGCCUUACAUCCACUAUGUCGCAAACACGUCUUCUGUCAAAUUCACCAUUACUGAGUCCGCUGCCAACUUCACCCAUCUUAUAGGCAACCACCCAAGACAUGUCCAUGAGUUUGAUCACCUUGUUCCCCAUUUGCUGGAUUUUAAUAAUUUGGACUCCAAUUCUAGUGACACAACCACAUUUCUACUUCCUAUUCUUGCAUUACAAGCAACAAUUUUCCCAAACUCUGGCUUAUGCAUUUCCAUAGCAUAUCGCCACAUUGUGGAUGGACGAACUGCUAAUCAUUUCAUGAAAUGUUGGGCUUCUGUUUACAAGUAUGGAGGAGACUUAUCUUGUAUACAUGAAUCACCUCCUAUCUAUAACAGAGAUUUGAUCAAAACCCCAAAAGAUUAUGAGCCCAUUUUGUUCAAUCAAUACAUCGGGUUGAGAUCGACAUGGAAAAAUCUUGACACGGCUAAGUCUUCUUCCAUUUUCAUAGACAACUUUCGCACAACAUUUGUGCUAGGAAGAGAAAAUAUUCAAAGCCUGAAACAACUUAUCAUGAAUCAAUGCAAGAAUUGUAAUGAGCCAACCCCAAAGCACUUGUCGAAAUUUGUGGUCACAUGUGGUUUUGUGUGGGUGUGCUUGAUGAAGGCCCUACAUGCUAGUGAAACUGGGGUGACUUCAAUGAAGGAUGAUGACCUCUUACGGUUAGGGUUUGCAGCCGAUAUACGAAGCCUCUUUCAGAAUCCAGUGCCCAUCACCUAUUUCGGAAACUGCUUGUCAGCAUGUUAUGUGGCAGAUAAAAAGAGAGAGAUCAUGGCGGAGUGUGGGAUUGCGAAGGCGGUGAAGGCCUUGGAGGCUGCAAUUUUUGAGCUGAAAAAUCGAGAUCUUGAAGGGUUAAAGAGGAUGGUUCCAUUUCGAGGGGAGUUACCUGUAGCAGAAAGUAGUGUAGCAAUUGCUGGAUCGCCAAAGUUGGGAGUUUAUGGGACUGAUUUUGGAUGGGGAAGAGCACAGAAAGUGGAGGUCGUUCACUUUGUUGAUUCAACUGUUUUUUCUCUUGCUGAGAGUAGAGAUGAGGAGGAUGGCAUUGAGGUUGGUUUAGCUCUACCGAGGACUACAAUGGAUGCAUUUACUUCUUUGUUUGAACAUGGUCUGAAAAAUUUCUGCUAA